UCCGUUUCGUUUGCACGUCAAUUCUAUUUCUUCCUUUCUUUGUUGAUCAUUGUUGUGCCAUAAAUAAAUUUGAGUAACUCUGUUUUUUCAUCAAAUUUAUUUAUUGGUGAAUAUAUCCUAUCGACGAGAUAUCUAGCAAUUGCGACAAAGCAAACGAAAUUUAUAGUUUCCCAGACGAAACCACUCGAGUUUGCCAAGGUCAACAUGAGAACCGACAAGAAGAAGAAUAAGUUGGAGACAUGACUAACGUCUCAGCCCGGUUUCGAAAGGAACGAGAAAAGAUCACGAAGAUCUCAAAUUAUUGCCGAUAACCACCGUCAAUGAGUCGGAAAUGUGUUUUUUAUUUUCGCAAAGUUAAAGUGUCAGGAUUCUAUUUACGGCCCUGAUACGACAUUCGUAUAGACGUUAUACUCGGCGAGAGGUUCGGCUUUCCGCAGAUGCUGGAAUACUGGAGGAUGACGAGCAACGAAACCGAACGCAACCGCAGCGGCGACAAUCCUGCGAUAAUCGAGGAGAUGCUGCAGGAUCCAGGAUCGGUGAUCCUCUUCGUUGAUUAUCCACGGUGGCUGCUGUGCUUCGCCGCCGCCUGCUGCAUCCUCUUCAUGCUGGUCGGCAUUCCGGGAAAUCUUAUCACGGUGAUCGCGUUGUUUCGCACGAAAAAGCUAAAGAAUGCCACCGCGGUCUUCAUCAUGAAUCUCUCGAUAUCGGACUUGAUGUUCUGCUGUUUCAAUCUACCACUCGCGACUUCAACGUUCUGGCACAGGUCGUGGAUGUACGGACCACUUCUAUGUCGGCUGUUUCCGCUCUUGAGGUACGGCCUCGUUGCAGUCAGCCUCUUCAGCGUUCUCGCGAUCACGAUCAAUCGCUACGUCAUGAUCGGUCAUCCCGGUCUCUAUCCUACGUUGUAUAGAACAAAGUACUUAAUACCGAUGGUACUGGCAAUAUGGAUCAUCGCUUUCGGCUUGUUGAUCGUCACGUGGUUCGAGCGAUUCGGACGUUUCGGAUUGGAUCCCGCUAUCGGAUCCUGCUCGAUCCUGCCGGAUAUAAACGGACGGAGCCCGAAGGAGUUUCUCUUCGUUCUCGCGUUUUUAGUACCCUGCCUCGCUAUUAUCGUUUGCUACGCCAGAAUUUUCAACAUCGUUCGCGAAACCGCUUCGAAGAGCAGAGGCAGAGAAAAGAUCUUCAACAUAGAACCUACAGAAACCAGCCAUGACCAACCAUCCAUCACGAAAAACCAGGAGCAAGAGCUUUCUGUCCUCUGCGCUCCUUCCUCAUUGAUGCAAGCGAUUCUUCUUAAUUCAGACGAAAGAACGGAUCUUGAGCCACCAUCUGCAUCCAUUAACGAAACCUCGUGGUCUAAACAACCGAUCCACGAUCAACAAAAAGCAGAUUGCGCGAAGAAUACACGUACAGACGAUCUAACAACGAAUAUCGAUGCAAACUCCAACAAUGGUUACGAUGCUUCUCACGCCAGCCUAUUGGAGAAUACACCGUUCGUAGAUGAUGGUGAGAUCGAGAAAUCGGACUUCACAGAAAUGAGGCUGUUCCUGAACCGGAAUCAGUACGAGCCGCAGCGGAAGUCGUCGGAAGAUCCCUGCGGUCAGCUGGAGAGACUGACCGGUCGACCGUCUUUCAUGGUGGAGUCCUCGCUGCAAAGGAUCGCUGGUGAUGAACGCUCGGAUCGACCAGAUUCGAGGCCCGAACAAUCCUGCGCGAGGAAAGCGUUUCGCAGACAAUCGAAGUUUAAAAGCGUCGGCAGGACGCACAACGGCGAGUAUGCCACGCCUAGGAUGUCCAUCAAGGAUCGAAAGCUGCUGCAGAUGAUCCUCGUGAUAUUCGUGUCGUUUCUGGUUUGCUAUCUGCCGAUCACCGUCACGAAGCUCUUCCAAGACGUCCAUUGGCAGGGCCUCAAUAUCGCCGGCUAUAUACUCAUUUAUCUGACGACCUGCAUCAAUCCUGUUAUCUACGUCGUAAUGAGCUCCGAGUACAGAAGCGCAUAUAAAUAUGUGUUGCUGUGUAAAGGGUAAACGGACAACGCGUACCGUAAGGAGGAGAUUGCCGAGUCUACUGCCCAGCUGAAUGUUUAAAUAUAAAUAAUUACGAAAAUAAUAACGAAUAUAUAGAUAAUGCAUAAUUGAUAUUUGUUAUUUAGUGCAUCUGUAUUAUUUGAGAAUUUUUGUUGACGCUUCUCGAUGUUCUUUUUUUCAUGAGAUAAUAUCGUCUUCAAAAAUCAAUGGCACUUGAAUAGUUAAAAUUGUUGAUUUAUUGUUAAAAUAUACAUGUACAUUUUUAGUCUUC